ACCUGUCGUAAACAUAAACAAAUCCCCCCAUCGCAAGCAAAACAGCUGUCGGCGGCAGGAGAAUUCCCGCGUUUUAAAGAGACCGGAAAGGGAAGACGGUGUGCCGAUCGCAUUUCACAAUGCAGUGCUGAAUUUAGGUUGCUUCUCCAAUCAACUCAAUUACGGUGGUACGGCACAGAGUUGACGCGGAACGAACAACCCGUCCGCCGGCGGCACCGUUCAAUGGUUCAACGCUGGAACGACUCCGGGCAUCUGUAUCUGGACGGUGCAGGGAAGCAUUGUUUACACCGGGACGUAGUGUCCCGCCUUGCCAUCCAUCAGCUCGAAGCGGUCCGUUUUCUGUACGCGCAGCUACAAGAGUACACCGGAAUAUUCUUGAACGAUGAAUCAGGUCUUGGCAAGUGCUAUCAGACGGUCGCCUUCCUGUCGGCCCUCCCGGUAGCGGGCGAGGAUCGUUCGCUGAUACUGUGCCCUACCCCGGACCGCAUACACCACUGGACGUACCAUCUGGAUGCGCUGGCACCCUCGCUGCGCCCUCGCGUGCACCCGAAAUCUUAUCUCGACGCGACGGCAGAACAGUCCGCCCUGCGGGGCACCGACUGGCAGUACGUGGUGGUGGACGAAACGCGCGAAUUUAUGACCGAACGGCAGCUGGAAACGCUGCGCUCGCUGGCCGUGAAACGGUACAUCUUCGUCAGCUCCGUUGACCUGCUCGACCGGCUGGAUGUGCUGCAAAGGCGGCUUGAUUUCUGCUACCCGCGCGAUUCCUCCCAUCUGAGCGCCGUGCUGGAGCAGCAGCAAAAGCGACGUACAAAGAGGGGCAUAUUUAAGGUGUACCUGUGCACGAGACGGUUCGUGCUGCGGAGACACGUGCGCAACUAUCGUCGGCUGCUGCCACUCAUCGAUAGGGAAACGUUUCUGGAACGCUUUGGUGUGUGGUGUGUGGCAAACAAUGUGGAAACCAUCGUGGAAGAGACACCACAGCUGAAACCCGCAGAGGAACGCAUCGAACCAACGCGCGCAAACGAAGACCAUCUCUUGACGGUUCCACCGCUUAUCCGAGCAAUGACACCGGAAGCGGUGACAGUGAAUCCAGCGCGUACGAACGAAGAAGAUCUGCUGGCAGUUCCGCUGCUUACCCGAGCGAUGGCAUCGGAAACCACAGCCGAUCACAGUCCGGUGGGGGAGAAUGAGGCGGUCCCAAUCCACUUUGCCGGCAGCGAACCACUGUUCGAGCCGAACGAAACCAACACAGAACUGAUGCCGGUGUUGCGCGUCGACUCGGACACACCCUCGGAAGGAAACUCUACCAUCCCGGAGACGGCACCCGAUUCCGAGGGUUACGUGCAGUUCGGACAGGAGCUGUCCAGCAAUGGGUUGGUAUCGUCCCAGCGCUCCCAGCCGGCUGCAUUCGCGACCGAACGGUACCGAUUCCCGUUCGAAAAGUUCCUCCGCAGCCAGCAGGGAGCGAUUCGCUCGUCCAACUCAUCCGUUAGCGUUGAAAGCAUACCGAACGGGCAGCCACAGCAGCAGCAACCGAUCGUGAUCAGCUCGUCCGAUUCACCGCCGCGUGCCAAAUCGCCCCCGCUGUUCGAAGAUUCCGAUCACGAUACGCGAUCGCUCCACUCGGACACUGCCUUCUCGGACGAUGACGAUCUGUCGCUGAUGGAACUGUUGGCGAACUCGCGCUCAUCGGCACCGCUCGGGGAGUCGGAUCGACCCCCAUCUCCGAGUAUCGCCCCGCGAAGACCAUCCUCCUUCAGUACGCCCAUAACGAAGCUAAUGUUUGGGCAGCUGGCGGAUGGGCAAAGCUCACAGCCGGACGGAACGGGCAAUCUCUCCUCGAUGGACAUUUUUGCGGAAUCGACCGUUCAAGCGGAGGGAGACAAUGUGUUUGAAAUAACGAAAAACAAUGCCUUUCCCAAUCGGAUCGUGGUGCGCGGGGAGGAGGAAGGUGUGCCCUCGCUAACGCUGGUGGAUGAUUCCAGCGACGAUGAUGAUGUGCAGAUUGUGGAGGAAAGCUGCGAGCGUGUCAUUAGUCUGGAGGAGGAACCGGUCCGUACGCCGACCAGGGCGGACAAGCUGAACCGUGCCGUGGUGUGCCAAACGACACCGCCGAGUGGGAAAGGAGCCGCCGGGGCGAAUUCGGCGCACUCACCCGGUCGGGGAUGGUUGGGCAAACGGCUACAAACGUCAGCGUCGGUUUCGCCGGCCAGUGGGAAGAACACACCCACCACAAGCCGAUCGACUCCGAAGGGUGGCAGUGCUGGGAGCAGCUGCUCCAAACCAUUAGCUCACAUUGUAAGGGAUGCGAAGCGGAGGAGAAAGUUGGACGAACUGUUUCAAAUUGUCGACGAUAAGCCGGUGGGCAGUAGGCGCAGUAGCCCGCGAAUGCGAGGAUCGAGAGGAGGAUCGCGAUGAGUUUAGAGUUCGGAUGUUGUGUUUCAACGCUUCUUUCGCAUGACGGAAUACAUCCUAAAUUGCGUUUAUUGUAGUGUCCAGCAUUGUGGGACCAGAAGUUCGUUUGAAGUUUUCAAUUCAAGGCUACAAACAGUCUUACAGUUUUACCUCGAUUAGUUCAUAUUUUGGCCUUUCUUGAUUGUAGUUAGGUUUAAGAAAUAGAUAGAAGUUUGACCUUCUGCACCUUGGUAAAGGCAACCAAUAGUUAGACGUAUCCUAAUCGAACGAUGGAAGAAGUGUUAGAAAGGAUAGAUCUUCAAAUUGUAGUUAUUAUUUGAAUGGUAAUAAGCCUUUUUGCAAUGAUUUAUUCUUUGUACUCGCAAGAACACACUACAUAAGUUUUAUAAGCUUGUUUAAUAAGCACCUCCAAAAAAGUCGCUUAGCACAGAUGACCACGUAUACGCGCGCAGUCUUAUCCUAAGUCUUAUUAAAAUUCUUAUCUCUACUGUUUAA